AAAAAAGAAGACCUCAAAGCCUCAAAUAAAAGUCAAGUUCAGCUAUUGCGAGUCGACUAUCACGAUAAUUUCGAAAAAGGAGCUUCRAAUCGUAACGCAGAACAAUAUGAGGACAGUGUYUCUUACAUGCGAGCUCCGUCUGAUUAUUUGGAUGAAAGCAGUUCCAGCUCAAUCGGCGGAGACUCUGGUCGUAGUUCAAAAGGUGUUUCCAAUCCAAGUCUUAUCCAUAGCCAAACGAGUGUCGCCGAAGUGAGGCAAAAAAAUUAUUCGUCAGUGAUGAGCCCAUUCAGGCAUAAUAAAAGCGAUGAUGUCACACAAUCACCUCAAGCAAGGCGAUCAAGCAGAGGACCUCCUCCUCCUUACCAAAAACCAAUGGAUGAGACACAACAGGAGGAAACUUCAAUCCAAUCGUCUGAACGAAGGCCUCCACCAUACCCAGAAGCUGCAAGGUCCCAAGGUUUUAAGAGAACUCCGAGCAUUAGAAGCAAAUCAGGAACUCCGCGGGAGGACUUACCUCCAUAUAAAAGGAAUUCUAGCUCAUUUGACAAAGGAACAAGUCCAAGAGAAGAACAGAGACCUAGGAGCAACCAAUCAACUCCUCAAUUUCACAGGACGGAACCAUUAUCGAUGGACGUUGGAAGUCCGAUCAAAAAACAGGAUUCUUCUAUUGAHGGCGAGCCUGAGAUUCUUAUCGAUGCUACACAGUCAACGGUCAGUGCUGUCCCAGUCGCUACAAACCCAUCUGAUCAAGCAAAAGACGAGGGCCAUACUGUAAUUUCGACUUUCUUCAAACCCGUCGAGUUACUCCAUGAGUCACCCUUACGACGAAUGAAUAGCAUGCCGCGGUAUAAUUCACGGUCGAAAAGYAUGGAAGAAUCUCAGGGUAGAACUAAAAAAUCWGUCAAGACUUCGGACACUCUAUUUGCAGCGGUUUUGGUACGGCAGAGAUCGCUAUCCGAUGACCCACGUCGUUCAAGAGAUUUAUCUUCGGAGCUUUCUCGAAGCGACAGACAACCUCAAGCCGUUCCCAAYUCGAGYAAUAUAGACAAUCACCAGUCGCCGAAGGCUUCUGGUUYGUUAGACACUGCUCAACAAUCUCAUGACGAGGACACUAAGGAUUCAGCGUCUGUUGUUUCCACUGGUUCUCAUGAGGAAAGUGGAUCCGAAGGAAGGUCAAAGUCAAAGUCAGGGUCUCGAACGCCUUUACGUGGCAAGGGCACCCAUCAGUGGUUAGAGUAUGGUUGUGUCUAGACUAAAUUUAUGAACUGUAUUUAUUUAUAAAGAGUAUUUAUAGGUGUUUGAAAUCGUUUGUAUUUUGUACAGAAUUUCUAAACGUUUUGUUAUCUUGGUUUGUGCUACUUGAUAUUUUUAACGAUUUUGAUAAAUGAAUUGCUGCAAUUAUCUGGUCCAUAGUGGACUCCUCAAAGAUAAUUAGCGAUCAGAUACAUAAAGAGUAGAAUACAUUGAAUUUAGAAUUUGCUUGAUAAUCAUUAUAGAAAUAGGUUCAAAUUAGUUGUUGAAUGUAAAAGCAAUUUAUAUAAAGUUUUUUUGAAUUUUG